AUGCUGUCUAUCAGUUUAGGAUGGUUAUGUCUUUCAGUAUGUUUGUCAGCAAGCGGUGCAUUCGGAACACCAUCAAAAAUAUCACUGCCCAUCACCAAUUCGAUUCAACUUGUUGGUAUCGAUGUUGGCGUAGGUGAUCCACCCAAUGUGCAUCGUUUGGCGAUUGGGCUUGGUUCAUCAAACACUUUUUUUGGUGCUAAAACACCUUAUAUUCCUACCCGAUCGACGGUGGAUCUGAACCAACCAUUUCACAUCGAUUAUAUGUAUGGAAAUGCGACUGGAAGAUGGGUUAACGACACCGUCAGCUUUGGUUCGGGAAGCAAUCAAAUUCAGUUGCCCAAUAUAACCAUUGGAAAUGUUUCCUCAUUCAUCGGCUUCGCCGAUUUUGACGGAAUGCUUGCAUUGAAUCGAGUAGGAGAGUCAGCAGCACACCCAGAUAUAGAGACCUUGUGGACACCAAUGUCAUAUAUGUGGCAUCGGAACUUACUCAAAGAGAAUGUCUUCUCGCUCUCCUUCAAACCUACUCGCACCAUGGAGCCCGAACAAAAUGGGAUGAUUACCUUUGGUGGCAUCGAACCCUCUUUAUUUGUUGGGCAGUUGGUCUGGUACACUUGUAAAUCAUACGCUGCCUGGGAUUGGACUGCGAGCAUCAGUUAUGGCGGUAAAACACUGUAUUCAACCCCACUCAUGGGCAGUUUUGACUCCUUUAAUAGUAUUAUUUUUUCAGCAUAUACACUCGGACCAGCUUUGGCCGAUGACUUAUUUGCGGAAUACUUGGCUGCGAUUCCGGGUGCCGUUUGGGAUAACGAUGACUUUUGGAAAAACAAUCCUAAUGGGUCUGUCAAUAGACAUAUGCUCAAGGUUCCAAAGACUUCACUCGGUCAGAUGAAGGAUUUGUGCUUCACUGCAGCAGAUAAACGACCUUGGUGCUUGACUCCCGAAGCUCAGAUGAUUCCCGAAAACUUGCUUCCUGAUCCUACCUAUCGCUAUUCAUACGUCUCCCCACUUGGUACAACCGUCAAGGACGGUUCGACCUUUAUCAUGGGCUUGAAAGGUCUUGAGCGCUUCUAUUCAGUUUACGAUAUAGAGAAUUACCGAAUUGGUCUCGCUGAAACUUCUUGGACAAAGACAAAAUUUUGA